ACGCUGAGUGCCAUUGUGCGGUUUGUUUUUCAUGUUUAACGGCAUAUGUACAUUUUCAGUAGCCAUAUUUUAGUUUUGGAGUUUUAUUAAAUUGUCCACGAAAUAUUUAUUAUUAUUAUUAGUACCAAAACAACGAAUAAUCCGAACUUGUGCAGUAAUUCUUGUAUCACAUUUAAUAACCUUUUGCUUUCGACCGUUCAUCCGGUUUUCCCUUAUGCGUUUCGUGUUCGUACCAGUUUGACAAGCUGCAACAGCUGUCACUUUGCGCCAUUUGUAUGACAGCGAAUUUGCGUGUGAAUCAGAGAAAUACAAAACGAAGCGUAAAUUAAGCGAAAAAGCUACGGAAAUAUAGUUGCACGCGAAAAUUUUGCAUAUAAAAUGCAAAUAUAGCGAACGGUUUUUGCAAUAGCACCAAGCAGAAUUAUCAGUAACACCAACUACACAUACAAUGGGACUCGAUUUUGAUGCGAUCGAGUAUUGCAAGAACGUGAAGCUACAGCAAGCGCAACCGCCGUACGCGUGUCCAGUGGCCAAGUGCGAUCGCAGCUACAAAACAGUGGUGGGACUCCAAUACCACUUGCUUAACUAUGAUCAUGACAAUCCACAACCAAUAACACCAAUUAUAACGCCAAACCGAAAAAAGGCGCGGAAAGCACAUCACUCAACACCGAAAACACCGAAGGGAAUGGGUGAUGACAACGGCGCUAAUGGUGGCGGUUAUCAGGUGGCGAAUCCCGAAUCACUAGUUAGUUACAAUGAAGAAGAGCAAACAGUACAAUUCAAUAUUGAUGGUAAGAGUGUUCGAUUAGCUAUCGAUGAACCGCUGCCGUUUAUUGAAGAUGAGGAGUAUGCUGAAUUAGUGGCGCGCCGCUGUAUUUUAAAUGCUGAUGCACCACCACUUGAAGAGAAUGCGUCGUGGGCGCGUGUAAAAGUGCCUGAGGCGCGUUAUCAUGAAAUCGAAGACUACCAUGUGCCUGACGCGCCUCCACGCCCACUCGCCUAUUAUCGUUUCAUAGAGAAAUCAGCUGAAGAGUUGGAUGGUGAAAUUGAGUACGAUGUGGAUGAGGAGGAUUCGGCGUGGCUAGAAUGGAUAAAUGAACAACGUGAGAAAGCUGGCCUGAACUCUGUCAGCAUAGACACUAUGGAACUUUUAAUGGAUCGAUUAGAAAAAGAGUCGUACUUUCAAGCUGCUGCUAAUGGUACGCCAACUGGUGUGGAAGUUGACGACGAUGCAGUGUGUUGCAUUUGCAUGGAUGGCGAGUGCCAGAACACAAACGUGAUUCUCUUCUGCGAUAUGUGCAAUCUGGCCGUGCAUCAGGAUUGUUACGGUGUUCCGUACAUUCCGGAAGGACAGUGGUUGUGCCGACGCUGUUUGCAAUCGCCCAGUACCCCCGUGAGUUGUGUAUUGUGCCCGAAUGCCGGUGGUGCUUUUAAACAGACCGAUCGUGGUCAGUGGGCACAUGUAGUAUGCGCGCUUUGGAUACCCGAAGUGCGUUUCGCUAAUACGGUGUUUCUGGAACCCAUUGAUUCCAUUGAGACCAUUCCGGCGGCGCGUUGGCGACUCACCUGUUAUGUUUGCAAAGAAAAGGGUUUGGGCGCGUGCAUACAGUGUCAGCGCAAUAGCUGCUAUGCUGCUUUCCAUGUAACAUGCGCGCAGCAGGCUGGUUUGUACAUGACCAUGGAUACGGUUAAAGAUGGUCACAACGACUCUUCAGUCCAUGUACAAAAGUAUGCUUACUGUCAUGCGCAUACGCCGGCGGAUGCUAAAUUAAAAACCAAUCAAAAAGAGGUGGAAGAUACACGCAUGAAAAUGAAGGAAGCCCGAAAAGCGCUGGCCAAAAAACGUUCGACGGCGCCCGUUGUACUCAUACCAACAAUUCCACCCAAUCGUGUGCAGGAGAUCUCGGGCAUGGUACACAUGCAAAAGAAGCAACAAUUUUUGGAUAGGCUAAUAGCUUAUUGGACAUUGAAACGGCAAUACCGGAAUGGUGUGCCGCUAUUGCGCCGCCUGCAGAGUCAAGGCAACAAUCAUGGUGUAAUUCAUCGAAAUGGUAUUGAAGGCUCACCUGACACAAAGGAAUUGUAUAAGCAGUUAAAAUACUGGCAGUGCCUGCGCCAGGAUUUAGAGCGUGCGCGUUUACUUUGUGAACUAGUACGCAAGCGUGAAAAACUAAAAGCUGCCUUUGUAAAAAUGUGUGAGCAAGUUGUAAUGCUACAAGUGAAUCCACUUGAAUCGGCAUUGACAAAGCUACUGGAUACACUCGAAGCUAAAGAUACUAGUGAAAUAUUCCGUGAACCGGUGGACACAGUCGAAGUGCCUGAUUAUUUGGACAUUGUGAAGCAUCCAAUGGAUCUGGGCACGAUGCGCACAAAACUGAAACAGGGUCAAUACACAACGCUGGAGCAGUUAGAAAUCGAUUUCGACUUAAUGAUACAAAAUUGUCUGGCUUAUAAUAAUAAGGACACUGUUUUCUAUCGUGCUGGUAUACGCAUGCGUGAUCAAGCAGCACCACUUUUCCAACAAGUGCGUAAGGAGCUGCAACGCGAGGGUUUGCUAGAUAACUCGCGUUCCGAGCACGAAGAUCAUGUUGAACAGGAGGUGGAGGCGGAACUAAAAACAUUGCUAGAGGCGAAACCAUGCGAAGAAAUUGUACAAAAGUUGCUUAUACUUGCGGAUAAAUCACAGGUUCUCAAGAAUCCCGUAUAUCGUACGAAGAAAAUCAAACAAAUACGCUUGGAAAUAACACGCAUGCGUAAAGCUAUGCAGAAAGCAAAACUUGCUGCUCGCCACUCAAAUAUAAGCGCGAAUUCGCAAAGCGAUGACGACGAUGAUGAUGAAGAUGAGCACAGUAACGAAGUUAUGCUUCAUACAGAAAAAUUAAAACAGCCAUCCGGUAUACAUCAACUGCAAGUGCAAAAUAACUUAUCAAAACGUUCGCGCAAAGUUCCCGCUAAUAUGAUGGUAGUCGAUGACGACGAUACAAUGGGCGAGGAGUCUAAAGAAACCGCUACCACAACAGUACAAACACCGCCAUGCAGCCCCAUAAAGAGUCUUAACAAAAGCGCAUCACCUGUGGGUGUGAACCGAAGAACUGCGGUUUUAUUCACACGUAAAGCACAAGCAGCCCUUAAGCGACCAUCUGAAAUCACUACACCCGUUAAGGAUGAAUCCGCAGUAAUGUCUGCGACGGCCACACCGAUUAACAACAACUCAACCACAGGUACGGCGAGUGCUGCUGGCGCGGUGGCAGCAGCCACACUCGCCUCGUCAGCUAUGACAAUAAGCAAUAAAUUAAGUGGCAGCCAUUUGCCUCCACUAGGUGCUAGUUUGGGCCUCCCAGCAGGUGUGGUGUUGGGUGCGGUAGCUGGUAAAUCGCCAAAGCGAAAUGCGCGUCAUAAGCGACUAUCAGAAAUGAGACAGAGUUCAUCGAUGUCGCCAAAAAAAUCACCAAAUGCCACACUAACACCAAGUACGCCGUCAUCUGUGAAUGUGCCACCAAGUGUUGCGGCGUUAACGUCCACACCGAACUACGAUCGUAUACCAGACAGCUUUCGGGUGUAUCGCGCGAACAAUGAACGUGACGUCAGCGAAAGUGAUGACGACGAUCUAAGUGACAUGUCGGGCAGUCCGUGCAGUAGUUGUUCUGGCUUUAGUGUCAGUGGGUCUGGCUCAGAGUAUGAUAGCAGCGAUGAUGACGAUGACGACGAGGAGGACGACGGUGAGGAUGAUGGCGAGGGUGAUGGCGAUGGCGAUGGCGAUGAGGAGAGUGAAGACGAUGAAGAGGUAGAGGGACGCGACGGCGAUGCUGAAAUGCGUGGAGUCGCUAGUGCUGGCGAGGCAGAUGUUGAUAGAGAAGGGGACGCUGGCGGAGGUAACGGUGAAGUGGUGAGUGCUAGCACCGAUAGUGCGAAUAGUGAUGAUUGUGCUGAGGAAAGUAACGAUUGCGUAGCGAGCGAUAAAGUCGAGGCAGAUGCAAAAAGUGUCGCAACACGUACACCAACACCCUCGGAGAAACGUCCACGUAACGCUACACGUACGAAACAAAAGCAGAAAGCCUCAACCGAAAUGAAUUCGAAUUCGAAUGCGAAUGCGAAAAAUACAACAAACGCUAAUGCAGCACAGACAACGUCCACCGCAAAGACAACAACGCGCUCAUUCAAUAAGCAAAUGGUGACAAGAUCGGCAACACCCACCACUAACGCGAACGCAACUAGUACACCCAUCGCGAAUAAUGCUAGACGUCGAAAAGCGAGCCUUAACAACAAGUUGAAGUACAACAAUACACACAAUACACGCGGUGCUGCAGCAGCGACACCUACGCCAUCCUCAUCAUCUAGGCCUGCAUCCGCAAAUGCAGAUUUAAUGACUGAAGGUGCGGAUGGGGACACCGAAGAGGCGGCGGCGACGGCUACAUCAACCACUUUGCUAAAGCCACCACUUGAGCCGCUGCAGCUGGUGUGGGCCAAGUGCCGUGGUUAUCCCUGGUAUCCAGCGCUCAUACUCGACCCCAAGACACCGAAGGGUUUUGUCUACAACGGUGUGCCCUUGCCGGCACCGCCGCCCGAUGUGCUUGCUUUGCGCAAAAACUACACCGAAGAUGUGGUAUUUCUGGUAUUGUUCUUCGAUGUAAAACGCACCUGGCAAUGGCUGCCGGCAAAUAAACUCGAAAUAUUGGGCAUCGAUAAGCGACUAGAUCAGCAAAAAUUGGUAGAGUCACGAAAGCCGACCGAACGGAAAGCAGUGAAAAAGGCUUACCAAGAUGCGUUACACUAUCAGAGUCAAGUUUCCGAUCUGGAGGGUCAAGGGCCGGACCCGAUAAUGUGAGAUGGUGCAAUUGCGGUUGGCAUGUGGAGGAAAGCACGCCGUAAACGCUGAAGCGAACCAGAAAUGGAGAUGUUGGCGCCAACCGUGUAGCUGCACAUACUUAUAAAUAUACAUAUAUAAAUAAAUAUACUUCUAAAGCGAGAGUUAUGCAUGUAUACAUAUGUAUGUAUGCCUCUAUUUUUAAUUGCUGGUUUUUUAGUUAUAUAAGUUUAUACAUAUGUAUUUGAUUGACGUUUACCUUUGCUACAUAAGUACGAGUAUACAUCCCCUUACAUACCAUAUAUGCUGUAAUAUAAUUUUAUAUUUUGCUAACUUAACCUAAUAUUAAGUCUUGAAAAAUUUGCCUUCAUUGCAAUUUGCACCGCUGUAUUUUAGGCAAUCCUAAGCAUAUAAAAUUUAUAAAAUCGUAAUUUGUAAUUUGGUUUUCAUUUUCAUGGUUUUCACUUAGCACUCGAAAUGUGAAUUCUCAAAAAUUGACUAUCUUGCAGUGUUCGCUUUACUAUUUGCUACAACGCACGCAUGCACUGCGUUAUGCCACUUAUUGUAUGUAUGUGUGUAUGCAUGCUUGUUUUCACACAACAUUCUCGACUAUUCAAAGCGCUUUGAGGGCUAAUUUUCAAAAUAAUUUCUAGCCAAACAAAACUUUCCUCAACUUAAAGUUUGGAAGAGUUCUCUUUAGGCGUAUUUGGCUGUUGUCAUUUGAAGAUUGAAGAACGAAGAACAUUUGUUGUUUGCUAGAUUUAAAGCAAUGUGCAUGGCAGUGAACAAUAAAUUUUGUUGCUAAAAUAAAACU